CGACUUCAAGCACGCUUAAGGCACUAUCGUCUCAGUCAUAUCGUAUUUAGUGUUUGUGUGUGCUUUUGAGUAUAGUACGAUGGCGUCCGUUCAGUGGUUAGCGUGUGCUUUCGUGUUGGUGUGUGUCAGCGUACACGUAUCAUCCGCGCCUGCGCCUGCGCCUGCGCCAGCGCCGCAAGAAGAGAAUUAUCCACCAAUGCCGUAUGAAUAUAAAUACGAUGUAGAAGAUCAAGAAAAACUGCUCUACUUUGGAGCGAACGAAGCGGGAGAUGCACAAGGCAAGGUCAUUGGUGGCUACAGAGUUCUACUUCCUGAUGGUCGUCUCAUGAGCGUUGAAUAUACAGUAGAGGGCGAUAGUGGUUUCGUCCCAAUAAUCAAGUUCGAGGAAAACGCUAAUCCAUUUGGCAAAAGGAAGUAGGUCCUAGACUAAUGAAGGAAAAUGCGUGAAUGAAAAUUUGUGAACCAACUGUAAAUGUUCGUUAUUUAAAUUAUAUAGGACUUUAUCAAUAUGUACAAACUUAUAAGAAUUUACUUAUGGGCCAAACGUAGCCAUAAUUUUGUGUUCAAAUAAGACAAUAUUAUUGAAAUAAUAUUUGAUAUGGUAACUUACAUAUUUAUAUCCAUAGUCGAAAACUGUCACAAAAGAAAACAUUGUGUAAUGUUUUUUAUUUAUUGUUGUAAAGUACAAAAUCCGAUUAAAGUAUAAUACCAAUAUAAUAAUGUUAAGUUGUCGUGAUUUUUUUAACUAUUUUCCUUAUGUAAAUAACCGUUUUGAUAAGCUUAGUUUUCUACGAAUAAUCUUCCAAAAUUUACUGCGAAAUGUUUUUCUGUAAUAUUAAACAAACGUGUCAGGCAAGUUACCAAUUCUGUGAUUAUAAAUAUUAUCGUAUAGAGUAUAGACCGUUUUAUAUAUAUUUUGUAAUGUUGGUUUGGUCGUCACAAUCGCCUUUUGCAUGUACAUAGUACAAUCGUUCAUGGUUUAGCAGAGACCUAUUUCCUUUUUUUACG